AUGUCUGAUCAAUCUGCGCUAUCUGAAGAACUUCUCGCGCUAUCGUCAAUCUUUGGUGAUGAAUCGUUCUAUCCGGUGGACCCUAAUAAUCCCUUAUCUCCAUAUAUUCUCAAAAUAAAUUUAACGUCCGAUUCGACAAGCCAAACAUUCUCAUCCGCAAAAUCGAUUACACUAACUCUCUAUUUCCCAUCCACGUAUCCAUCGCAAGAUCCACCAGUAUAUGAGAUCAGUAGUCUCUACUGUGGUACACUCAAGAUAGGGGACGAAAUAAAAGAAGAAAUACAUGAGAAAUUUAAAAAAUUAUUUAUACCCGGAGAAGUGAUCAUAUUCCAAUGGGCAGAGUGGUUGAGAGAGUAUAUGGAAAGAAAGUUAGAGGAGGUGGAAAGUAUGAGUAGAGUUAUUGAAGAAAAUAGUAAGAGUAGAGAGAAUACCGGACUUAAUCAUAAAGAUUAUGCACCUAAUGAUGGUAAUACUAGUGCGAAUCAUAAUAAGAAAAGUAGUAAUGUCAGUGACCUUCGGGGCGACUUUUCAACCAGCGAUCCUUCACGAAGAGAUGAAUUAAGUUUAGCAUGUCCACCAAUAACUCACGGCACACCGUUAGAACACAAAAAGUCGGUAUUUGUAGCUCAUCUUGCGCCAGUGAAUAAUGUUAAUGAAGUGAAUGCAGUAAGAGAGACCUUGCUGAGUAACAAAAAGAUAGCGAGAGCUACACAUAAUAUAUUGGCAUAUAGAAUUGUACUAGACGGAGGAGUCAUAUUGCAAGAUAAUGACGACGAUGGAGAAGACGCUGCCGGAGGAAGGCUACUUCAUCUUCUACAAAUACUAGACGCGAAGAAUGUGUUAGUAAUUGUCUCUCGGUGGUAUGGUGGAAUAAAACUUGGCCCUGAUCGAUUCAAGGAUAUAAAUAAUUGCGCAAGAAAUUUGCUUGAACAGUGUGGAUACAUCAACAGUAUUACUGAAGAGAGUUCAAAGAAAUUUAAGAAGACUAAGAAAUAG